AUGCUUCCUCCUGUCUCUGAUGCAGAAAAACUUGUUUGGAGUGUCUUAGAAGCCGAGCGCCCAUCCAUCAGGUUCUCUUUGAAAUGGCUUUAUGAUAGCUAUUCUCCCAACUGGAAUUUCAUUAUGUUAUCAGUACUACAUAAUAUGAAAAUGGAAUUGCAGGACAAAACUCUUACUAAGGCAAACAAAGUUGUCCUUGGUAAACAUGAAGAUUCUUUGAUGCAUAGAGUGGCAGUUGCAGAAAUUUUGUAUGUCUUGGAUCCUACUAAGAAACUUGAAGAUGUUAAGUUAAUUGAAGAUUCAUCCAAUAAAGUUGUCUCAAACAAUGGAGCACUUGGAACAGUAAUGAGGUGGAAACUCAAGGACUGUAUUGCAGUCCAUAAGCUUAGACUCGAUGCCUCCUCCACUAUUCUCCCAACUGGAAUCAUUCUGUUAUCAGUACUACAUAAUAUGAAAAUGGAAUUGCAGGACAAAACUCUUACUAAGGCAAACAAAGUUGUCCUUGGUAAACAUGAAGAUUCUUUGAUGCAUAGAGUGGCAGUUGCAGAAAUUUUGUAUGUCUUGGAUCCUACUAAGAAACUUGAAGAUGUUAAGUUAAUUGAAGAUUCAUCCAAUAAAGUUGUCUCAAACAAUGGAGCACUUGGAACAGUAAUGAGGUGGAAACUCAAGGACUGUAUUGCAGUCCAUAAGCUCUUAGACAAUGUCUUACUUAUCAAGAUGUUACUUUGA